CAGCGACGCGUUUUUUAGCCGGUGGUCUGCGGUAGUUAUUCCGAAUUUCCCGUUGCAAUUCCUCCCGAAUGAUGGAUCCUAGCAACGGAAACACUCUGGAGGUACCUCAUUCAGAUCCGACAGCGUACUGCCGAUUAUGCCUUUCGUUGACCAGUUACCGGGUGUUGACCAGCAGUCAAUCCGAGCUGGUGCCGGUUAUUUGGAAGCAGCUGCGCGUUCAGCUGGACGAGCUGGAGGGUGACUUUCCGUGUGCCGUUUGUGCGGUAUGUGUGGAAAAACUGGAAGAGUUGGCGGAAUCCAAUAGGGAUGGUUUGCUGGAGGAAUGGCAUGAUGCGGGACUGCUGGAGUAUAGGGAGAGUUGCCAAUCGGUUGAUACGGUGGUAAGAAGUAGCCGACUAGUGGAGGGAAACCCGGGAGAUAAUAACUUGGAAGCUGGAGAAACUGUGGUACUGCCUUUUCAACGGUUAAACGAUGGGCGAUACCGUUGCAAUGAGUGUCCCCAUGUAGUGUUUGCCGAGAUAUCUGCUUGUAUUGGUCAUUACCACGAGAAUCAUCAGAAUUCGAGCAUGACGCAAUUUUCAGUCAAAAAGUUUAGCUGUUCGCAAUGCACGGAUGAGUUUGGAACCGCUGAGGAACUGAGUGCACAUCAGAAAACACAUUUGGCGCCAAAACCAAGCAAACGAGUCUAUGGGGAGGCAACAUCCAGUACCACGCCGCCUUCGAUGGUCAACGGUAACGGCAACAAAAUGCCUUCUUUGAAGUGCAUCAACUGCACCGAGAUCUUCGAAGAUGUGGAUGAGUUGAUAAGCCACAGGGUAACGGCCCACGCUCUUGUUUUAUCGAAGAAAACUGUUCUACCAAAGAGUAAACCAAUCACCAGGAAGAAUUUCAUUAUCAGUCCCGCCAGCACCACGUGCAAGGCAUGCCAGAUUAAGUACGCCGACAAAAGGGCACUGUACAUGCACAUCAACACGGUCCAUGCGCAGAAUCUCUGCUACGUUUGCGAUCGUUCGUUUCCCUCCGCGUCUAAACUGGUCAAACAUCAGUCCUUCCAUCGGAACCUGAGCGAGAUAGUUAAUCCGUUCCUGCAAGGGAAGCACUCCUACCACUGCAAAGUGUGCUUCGAGAAGUUCCGAACGGAAGCCGACAUUCGGUUGCACUUCGAGACGAAGCAUGCAAAUGACAGCGGAACGGAACGCAGCCCCAUAGCCUUUGGAAAUGGAACAAUUGGCAACGCGCCCAGCUCCCUCAGCCUGGCCUCAGGAUUACGUAUCACAUGCACGCAGUGCCUAACCGCUUUCAGCAGCGAAGCGCUGUUGGAACGACACCAGCAACAGGAAUGUGGCGUAACCUACACUAUGGCGCAAAGCGACGUAGUGGAAAUCGACUGACACGGAGAAGUAUUCUGAGUAAGACCUGUGAGAUAAAUGUAAGAAUCUAUGGUUAGGAGUCAGGAGAAGUCAUUAAAUGUUUCACUCACGUAUGUAACAUAUUUUGUAAUAAAGACUCAUUACAUCAA